GGCCGCUACGCGCUCGGCCCGACCGUCGGCGCCGGGUCGUCGGCCGUCGUGCGCCUCGGCGUCGCCGACGGCUCGCAGGAGCGCUACGCCGUCAAGGUCGUCGACAAGGCCCGCGCGUCGCGCCACAAGGCCCUUUUGGCGCUCGCGAACGAGGUCCGCGCCUGCCGCGCGUGCCGCCACGCGGGCGUCGCGCGGCUCGUCGAGGCCAUCCAGACGCCGGCGAAGCUCUACCUCGUCCUCGAGCACGGCGGCGAGGAUCUGUACGCCCUCGUGACGCGCCUCGGCGGCGAGGGCGCGGCCGCGCUCUCGGAAAAGGCGUCGCGGUCCGUGCUCUCGCAGGUCGCGGUCGCGCUCGGCGCGCUGGAGCGCAUGGGCGUCGUCCACCACGACGUCAAGGCCGAGAACGUGCUCGUCGGCGAGGACGCGUCCGCGGACUUUGUGGGGACCGUCAAGGUCACGGACCUGGGGCUCGCGCGGUUCUACGACCGCGGCGCGACGGCGAGUGCGUUCUGCGGGUCCCGCGGCUUCUACCCGCCGGAGAUGGCGCUGCGCGCGGGCGGCUACGACCCCUUCCGCGCCGACGUCUGGAGCGUCGGCUGCGUCGCCGCGGAGCUCCUG